CUGCUGUCGCUGUUGCUCCUGCUACGAUGCAGCUCGUGCUGCUACUUAUGACGGCCGCUGCAGCUGCUGUGUAUGGUUCCACCGCUGUCCGAAAACUUGGCGAUAUGCCGGAAAAUCUAUAUGCCAAGGAACAAAAGGCAUUUAAGCACUGGUCGGCACAUUUAAGUGGAUAUACAGGUUUCAGCACGGCCUCCAGUUCACCAAAAGAAAACACUGCCUCGUGGGUCUGCACCGUCGCCCCAAAAACAGGAAUGGCGUGUUGCGGCUUGCCUUUUAUAGGCCGGAUGUCGUAUGCCUGCGGAUUUUUACGUCCUUGCGCAUCCGUUCAUCACGGCCUUGACGUUUCCCCACUUUGAGGUGCCAUCGGGACACAACCCUGCGCCUGCGUGGCUGCAGUUGCCACCAUGGUGCCUCGCUCGGUACCGCUAGAUGGCGCUGCAGUACCUUUAUAAAUUCUUGGCGCCUUCCGUAGCGCUGCCACCUUUUAUUCU